AUGCCGGCGGGAGGGUUUGCGGUGGCGCCGGUGGCUGGUGAUGGGGCGGAGGCCAAGCUUACUCCCACUGUUAUCAUUUCGUGCAUAAUGGCCGCCACCGGUGGCCUUAUGUUCGGUUAUGAUGUGGGUAUUUCAGGGGGGGUUACAUCAAUGCCGUCUUUUCUGAAAGAAUUCUUCCCUGUCGUGUACAACAGGACACAGGAACCAGGACUCAACAGCAACUACUGCAAGUACGAUAACCAAGGCCUGCAGUUGUUCACGUCGUCGCUGUACCUCGCCGCUUUAACGGCGACUCUUUUUGCGUCCAUCACUACCAGAAAGCUAGGCCGAAAACUAACGAUGUUGAUCGCUGGUGUUUUCUUCAUAAUUGGAACUAUCCUCAAUGCAGCAGCCCAAGGCCUGAGCAUGCUCAUUGCUGGCAGGCUAUUACUUGGAUGUGGUGUUGGUUUCGCCAAUCAGGCUGUGCCAGUCUUCCUGUCGGAGAUUGCACCCGCGAGAAUUCGAGGAGCUCUUAACAUAUUGUUCCAGCUCAAUGUCACCAUUGGCAUUCUUUUUGCAAACCUCAUCAAUUAUGGCACCGCCAAGAUCAAAGGGGGAUGGGGCUGGAGGCUAUCGUUGGGUUUGGCAGGCAUUCCAGCACUUCUCCUUACCUUUGGGGCCCUCUUAGUGUCUGAGACUCCUAACAGCUUGAUUGAGCGUGGACACCUCGAAAAAGGAAAAGCUGUGCUUAAGAAGAUCCGGGGCGUCGAAAAUGUUGAACCAGAGUUUUCGGAGCUCGUUGAAGCAAGCCGCGUGGCCAAAGAAGUAAAGCACCCCUUCAGAAAUAUCAUGAUGAGGCACAAUCGCCCUCAACUCGUCAUAGCAAUAUUCAUGCAGAUCUUCCAACAAUUCACUGGCAUCAAUGCAAUCAUGUUUUACGCUCCUGUUCUGUUCAACACCUUGGGAUUUGGGAGCGACGCUUCGCUUUACUCAGCCGUUAUAACCGGAGCAGUCAAUGUCCUCUCCACCGUUGUAUCCAUCUACUCCGUCGACAAAAUCGGUCGGCGCAUGCUGUUGCUAGAAGCCGGCGUCCAGAUGUUCCUGUCUCAGACGUUCAUCGGCGUGGUUCUAGGACUUACGGUUCAAGAUCACUCCGACAACCUCACAAGAGGGUAUGCAGUCCUCGUUGUUGUUCUUGUCUGCAUGUUCGUGUCUUCCUUUGCAUGGUCUUGGGGGCCUCUCGGGUGGCUGAUCCCCAGCGAGACAUUCCCUCUGGAGACGCGUUCGGCUGGGCAGAGUAUUACUGUCUGUGUCAACAUGCUCUUCACAUUCGUCAUAGCGCAGUCGUUCCUCUCCAUGCUCUGCCAUUUCAAGUUCGGCAUCUUCUUGUUCUUCUCCUCUUGGGUGCUUGUCAUGUCGGUGUUCGUCACGUUUCUGCUUCCGGAGACCAAGAAUGUCCCCAUUGAAGAGAUGACAGAGAGAGUGUGGAAGCAGCAUUGGUUCUGGAAGAGAUUCAUGGAUAACUCUGAGGAGAAAAAUGGCGCGUCAAACUUGAAAAUCUGA